AUGAAAGAUUCUUCUCUGCUUCUCAAGCUCUUCGUGUUGGUGUCGGUUUUGUUGGUGGGAUCUUCCUCCUUCGUUCUAAAGUCCAAACCAACCAAGCGGAAACUCCUUCAUGGCAAUACUCGGUUUGCCUCCAUCCAGGCCACCAAGGAUAAUGCUAGUAUCCAACAGAAUUCGAGUCUGAAGAAACGCCGAGGAAAGCAACAUCCCAAAGCCCUGGAAAGCUGCAUCCAUGUCAGUCUGGAGGAACAAGGCCGUCCCGUCAUCUUGCUGAUUGAUGCCAACAAUGUCCGCGGCAAGACGGAUUUUGAAUGGACCCAUCGAGACAUGUUCCAUUACCUCCGUGCAUGGAAGAAGCAGCUGCAACAACACCACCAAUCUUUGGUCCAUGUCAUUGGCGUCAUGGAUCACGCUUGUCACGCCGAGGCCAUCCACCAUCAUGACAUGUCGGUGGUGUUUGCCGGGCCACAGCAAACGGCCGAUGAUGUCAUUGCACAAGCGACUCGGUGGUUCCUCAUGGACAAUCAGCUGAAUGAAUCCACUACUACUGACUCGGUCUCGAAAAAAGGAAACAACAACAACAAUGCCACAAUCAACAACUGCAAUGUGUUUGUCGUGACGUCGGAUGGCGAAUUGAAACAGAGAUGUUUGCGCUGCAAUCGACCCGGAAACUGGAAACGAAAGCAACCACAACGGGAUCGGGUCAAGGUAUUUGGGAGCUUACCUUUUGUACGGACAGUGCUGGAAUCAACAACAGCAACAGCAGAUGACGAUCAACCUCUAGCAGCGGGUCCAUUGGACAAGAUUGAGGCCUUGGAAGAAGAUGUACGUCGCUUUCGAUAUUCUAGGAAUCGACAAGCACAGGUAUCAGAUGCCCAAGAAGAAGAACGAGGACCUUGGGUAACCAAUAUUCUACAUUCUGCAACAGCAACACCGUCAACAUGGUCGUUGCCAACCCGUACAUUUGAGGAAAAGACGUGGCAUCGAGUGCUGAUUGCCGAACAGUUACGGCGAGCUUUGACAGCAAUACAACCACCAAACACAAUUGUACAGACCAACUGUAUGGCCAGCAUUGUGCAAGAUUAUUUGAAUUGGUACAACAAUGAAUCGUACAACGCAGACGACGACGACGACGACGACGACGCUAAGGAGGGAUCUAGCAUGUUUUUGGACCAUCGCAUACGGUACGAACCACAUCUCCAACAAGAGCUCCUCUACUAUCUCGAUCAAGCGGUCCAUUCCGUCACCAACACGUCCGUCGUCCUUUGCAACGACAACGACAAUACACAAGAUACUACUCCCUACUCUUGGAUGUUGUCACCCAUCGAAUCCAGUGCUGCAUUUUUGCGACGACUCGUUCAGGAAUCUCCCCACAGCACACAAGCCGAAUUGCUAUCGCGGUACAAAAAGGAAGCACCGUCUCAUCUUCAAUUCACGCGGCAGGCCGAUUUACAGGCACUCCUCCUCUUGGUGGCCACCCGAAGAAACGACGAUACCAAAGAGUGGAAAUUGCUGCAGAAUGAGGAUCAAGAUUGGAGUGGUGUACCAGAACCACGGCGAGGAAGACGGGCUCAAAGGCGAGUGUCUAGGACGAGACGAAAAAGCAGGGUUGUCGAUGACGCUCUCGUCGAGCUGGGUCGAGUGGCCGAAGCCAGAUGGUUGGAUCUUUACGAGCGAGAAGAGUAG